AUGACAGAAGAGCUGAUGACCUGUGGAAGGACAUUGAGAUCAUCAAUUAUGAAGAAAGCAAAAGGAAGUGCCCAAAGAAGAUGUAAAGAAUACAGAGUUAGCCUUUUGCCUCGGAGAGAGCCUGGGAAGGAGCUGGGUCAUCAGCAGCUCUACUGGAGCCACCCACGAAAAUUCGGCCAGGGCUCCCGUUCUUGCCGUGUGUGCUCAAACCGGCACGGUCUGAUCCAGAAAUACGGCCUCAAUAUGAGCCGUCAGUGUUUCCGUCAGUACGCAAAGGACAUCAGCUUCAUCAGGCUGGACUAA